UGCCGCUCAGCGCGGGGUCGGGGGUCAGAGUGCGGGCGUUUCAGAUGCCUCUGGAUGUUCAAUGGUAGCAUUUCUCCAUACUGGAGCAGCAAAGUUUCCCCAAAACUUACUUUCAAGGUCAAGACAAGCUGUGUCCCCCCUCUUCCCAGCUGGUGUUCUCAAAGGGUUCAGCUCCAUCGUAAGCAGGAAACUGGCGUCCCACGGCUUUGGAGCUUCCAUGGCAGCAAUGUCAUCCUUCCCUCCACAGAGAUAUCACUACUUCUUAGUGCUGGAUUUUGAGGCUACAUGUGAUAAACCGCAGAUUCAUCCUCAGGAAAUCAUCGAAUUCCCUAUCCUGAAGCUGAAUGGCAGGACGAUGGAGAUUGAAUCCACCUUUCACAUGUAUGUUCAGCCUGUGGUGCAUCCCCAGCUUACGCCCUUCUGUACAGAGCUGACUGGGAUUAUUCAAGGCAUGGUGGAUGGGCAGCCGAGCCUCCAGCAAGUGCUUGAGAGGGUUGACGAGUGGAUGGCAAAGGAAGGCCUCUUAGAUCCCAGCGUCAAGUCGAUUUUUGUGACCUGUGGAGACUGGGAUUUGAAAGUGAUGUUACCAGGACAAUGCCAGUACUUAGGGCUGCCGGUUGCUGAUUACUUCAAACAGUGGAUUAAUCUGAAAAAGGCGUACAGCUUUGCCAUGGGGAGUUGGCCAAAGAAUGGGCUCUUAGACAUGAACAAAGGACUGAACCUACAGCACAUAGGGAGGCCUCACAGCGGGAUAGAUGACUGCAAGAACAUUGCCAACAUCAUGAAGACACUGGCCCAUAGAGGCUUCAUCUUCAAGCAGACCUCCAAACCUUUUUGAUCCCCGAGGCAAGCCAGGCAAGGGCUGCAUGCGCCCGGUGCCGGCAAGGCGGGGAGGACGGGCUCCAGCAUUAAAAAAAACCGGCAACCGAGGCCAGAGGAACCGACACAAAAAAAAUCUCAAUUUCAGCUGUUAACUCCAGUAGAGGUUGUAUAUAUGGGAAGGCAAAUCUGUGUAGACCUGAUGUGACUCCCUCUCUGGGCUGCUCCGGACAUUAUGCCAUGCUAGCGGACAGCCGCGUAGGGCGCUUGCACCACAUUUUAGACUUGUAGUUUGUUCUUUUUCUUUGGCUCCUGAUUUCCGUCCCUCCCUCCAUAUCCCACCCCGUCCUCCCUCUGCCACCCUGUAGCCAGAGCAUCCCCCAUCUCCACCCCGGCAUGGGCCAUACCCACCUUCCCUUCUUCUUUCUCUUCUCUGGUUUUAUGUUUUCAGGCCUCAUCGCUGCUGCAGCGAUGCCGGUGUGUGCCUGCACUCGGGCAGCACUCGCGGAGGCUCAGCGUGUCGAGACGGCCCCUCGCCCUCCCCGCCAGCUCCCCCCGCCUCUCCCCCGAGCGCCUUUUCCCCUUUUUGAGUCAACACUAACCCCUCUCUGACUCCUGUAUGUGACAAACGCGAUCCGUCUCUUUAUGUUCAAGGUGAAGUGCCUGUAUUCUCCGCUGCAGAGCCCCUGGCAGCCCCACCGUGGGCUGCAGGGCCCCGGAGGGCUCCCUUCAGUGAGGCAGGGGCCCAGCGGACAGGUGGGUGGCAGGAGGGAGGUGACAGUGUCCGCAUGGAGCCCCGUCCCGUCCCCGUUCCGUCUGCUCGUGCCUCUUGCGGGGCUGGGUGGGAUGCCCAGCCCUGCCUCGUCCCCGCCGAUCAAUUCCAGCUCCAUGGGGGACAGGCCCGCCACAGCACCGUGUCCGUGUCCGGUGGUGGACGUGCCAGCGCGCGCUGGCCCCCGGCCCACAGGUACCUGAGCAGGGGAGCUGCAAAUUGCCCCAGGCCCCUGAGCGUGCUCCCCACAAACCUCCCUCGGUUCCAGAGCUGAGGCUCAGCCCCCCCCCCACCCCGUGCCGUGCCCCUCACAGGUCCCCGCGGACGCUCAGCAGCAGCUGGCUUGUUGCCUGAGAGAGUUGCCGAGCACAUCCCCUCCGGCUGGGUGGGCUCCCGGCUGGCCAGGGCGGUUGGGGGGAGCCGUGGGGCGGGCUGAGGGCGUACAUCCUCUCAGUGUCACCCAGCCCCAGGGCCCUGCUGAAUGGAGCCCUCGUCCGGGCACUGACCUGCAGGGAGGCUGCAGCCCCAGGCCCGUGCGUGCACGGCCUGGAGCGAAGCCGGUGACGGCAGCCAGAAGGGCAAUACAGGCACUGAACUUGGCGGUACAUGACUGCAUGGUGUGUGGUGUUCCAGUUAAACCAACCGAUAAUGCAACCCCAGCAUUUUCAUUGUCUAGUUAUUCCAAUCCUUGCUGUAAAUGUGCCACAUGAAUAAAGUUUGGGGGUAAAGGAGCCCGGGUUGUGCCCAUGCAUGUGCAAGUUUAUAUGGGGGGCCAGAGGCAUGGGAGUGCUCCCUGGGGUAUGGCACAUCCAUGCUCCCCAUAAAAGGCAUGGGUUUUGGCUGUGAAUGGGCAGUCAAAGUUCCCUGCUGCUGGGAGCACUGCCCCCUUCUUCAGCAUGGGCACUGUGGGUGGGCACCAGCCCCACCACCACUUUGGGUUUGCUUGUGCCCCAAGGCAGCUCUGCCCUGAGGAUCCCACCAGCCCAUCACAGCUGGGCCUUAUCCAUGGGUGCACCCCACACAGUUUUCUCCCCAGUGCAGGGUGGUAACCACCACUACAUCCCACUGGCACCCGUCACCCCAGCCUGUAGCCUGGCACACUGUACCCACACAGCUGCCACUGCAUUUGGAGCAUCUUGGCUACAGAAUAGAGCCAGCAUGGCUCUGCUGGGCCCUGGGGCACCUGCUCUGCCCCGGUCAGCUGAGUCAGCCACACUGAAUGCAGCACUGUGGGGUGCAGGAGCCAUACCCAGCUGUGCAGGAAAGACCACUGCAUCCAGGUGCCCAGGGAACCUGCCCUGUGCCAGAGUGCCACUGGGUGACAGGGUUGCAAAUAUCCAGCCAGCACCGAGUGGCAGCUCCCAGAGGGCAGGGGCAGUCCAGCCCACUUGCUCCAUGCAAAGAUCACAGGGGUUUUACCAGUUCCCUCUAUGCAGCCCCUGAUCAGCUUUAUUGACCCUUUUUCAAUGGGAGUUGUCUAAUUAGUUUUUUUUAUGAAAACUAAGAACUUGGCCUUUGCCCUCUACUCCUGGAGGCGAGAAUGUGACUCAGAGGGCAUUGUCAUGGUGGAUCAAUGAUGGCCAGUUACACUUGGAAGGCAGGUUCCGGGGACACAGGGUGGGCAUGUGGGCAGCAGCCCAGAGCAGGGCACACAGCCAGGGUCACCAGUGCCCGCACUGGGCAGCACAUAAACCCAGGCUCCCACUGUGAUGCUUCAGCCCCUCCAAGCCCCUGCAAAACAUGAGACAGGGACAAACAAAACAUGGGAGGGACCAGGGGCCCC